CAGGAGGGGCCGAGGCGCGGUUGCCUCAGCGGGUCGGAGCGCCGCGGUGCCGGACUGCCCCCACCCCACAAUACGCGAAGGCGCGUUAGCUGGCAGCGGCGAGGAGCGCCAUGGAGCAGCCCGAGGGGAAGGAGGGGUUCCUGCUGGAGGCCGCCGCCCCGAGGCAGACGGGACCCGCGCUGGAUUCCUGUGAGGCAUCUCCAGAUGAGGGACUAAUAGAAGAUUUGGCUAUUAUAGAUAAGAAAGCUGUGGAGCAACUAACUGAAGGAUUGAUUUCUCAUUAUUUACCUGAUCUUCAGCGAUCAAAACUAGCCCUCCAAGAGCUCACACAGAAUCAAGUAGUGUUACUAGACACAUUAGAGCAAGAAAUUUCAAAAUUCAGAGAAUGUAAUUCCAUUCUUGAUAUCAAUGCUUUGUUUUCAGAAGCUAAACAUUAUCACAGCAAGCUAGUGAAUAUUAGAAAAGAGAUGAUGAUGCUCCAUGAAAAGACAUCAAAGUUAAAAAAAAGAGCACUCAAACUGCAGCAGAAGAAACAGAAAGAAGAACUAGAACGAGAACAGCAACGUGAGAAGGAACUUGAAAGAGAGAAACAGUUAACAGCAAAACCAGCUAGAAGGACAUGAAAGCUGAGCAUACAUCAACUUGUCCAAAUUAAUUAUUUUUAAAUUCUCUGGACUUGUUAAGACAGACUCUGUUAUACUGGUGAGCUAAAGUUGUUACUGGGGAAAGAGUCUCUUGUACAGUAUUAUAAACUCCAGAAUGCUAAGAACCAGUUGGUAAAUUGCCGCUUUUCCAUUUCAGCCAUUCAGGAUGCCUUCUUUUCUAAUGCUAUGCUGUUUGAUAUUAAUCAUAAUGUAAAUUUAGUUUUGAUAUAUGCAGGGGAAUUUAAACGUCAUAAUUUUAAUUACAUAUCUGUUAAUUUUCCAUUUGUUUUUUCUGAUGUUUGAAAUAUUGGCUAAGAAAUAGUAGGCUGUGUAUUCUUUCAGACAAAAUGUUGAAUGUGGUUGGUGCAGUUUGGGAGUUCAGUUAUGAUCCAUGGACAUCCGCAGCUCUGUACCCUUCUGAGGUUGCUUCAAUCGGAUGUCUUUGUCUUCUUGUUGAGUCCACAGGUCACAAAUAUCUGUGCCAGUUAGGUAUAGUGGAUCUCCCUCCCCCAAUUGCUAUAUAACUGAGUGUUAAAGCCAUAUGAUAUUACUGAUCAUGUGUGAGAAAUACAAAUGACCUCCUUAUGUUGGGACUCUUUCCUCCUUUCUUCCCUCCUCCCCCCACUCCCUCCACACACUUAGGCUGAUGGCCCCAGUUUAUUUGCGUGAAGCUCCCUUUAUUUCAGCAAUCUUCCUUGGAUCUUAUAACUACAUGGUUUGAGAUGAUCACCUCUGACUAUUCCCCCAAGCCCGACAGAAUGAAUGUGAAAAACAUGUUAAAUUAAGAUUGGCAUAACUAAUGCAUGCAUGGUACAAGAGUGAUCCUAUAAUGGAAUUGCCAGCCCUUGUGCUUGGAUAAAUGCUUUCUUGGAUGGCCGUGAUUCAGACCAAAAUAAUUGAAACUAAGGUACGGGUUAGAGAGGGAGAUUAUGAAGCCAAGUCAGUUGUAUUGUUAAACAGAUCUCAAAGGAUUCAAAAGCUGUAGAUUUCAUUGCUUUCUAUGUAAUAGACGCUAUUUUAAAUUCAUUUACAUCUUCAGGAAAAAUUCUUGCAGUGUAAUAUUAUUUCAUGCAAUUGACCCAGUUUUAACUCUUAGACUUAAAUGAGAGAAACUGCUUCACAUGGUUAAAUUUUUUCAGCAGUGCUGAUGACAACUAGUACUGAAAAAUUGUAUCGGGGAUGCUCUUAAGUAAAUGUGGGGUGGGGAUUAACUUCUCUGAAUGUGUAACUGUUUUCUUAUAGAAUUUGGUACAGCCUCCUGUUCAAAUGAAUAUAUACACUGUUUAACAGUCUAGAUAAGCUUUUAACUAUUUCAUUUCUGCAGUCUGACAAAAUAGUUAUUUUACAUCUGUACCUUUUGAAUCAAUAUUAGUAAAAUAAAUGUUGUCACCUGAGCUGACAUGCUUAUCAGGAA